AUGGCUAGUGCAUCCAGGACCUACGAAGCCGGCAACACUAAGCCAGACCUCGUUAACUGGGACCUUCAAAAAAAAAAGCUUUGGCGAGGGAAAGGACAUGCACCAACGCAUAAUGAGAUCCGCGCCGUCGCUGAAGCAGGAGUUGUCGAGGGACUCAAGACCCGGUCCCCGAGCGAGCUGAUCAGUCUCGUUGCGGCUUCAUAUAGACACAUCAGUUUGAAAGCUGCCCGUGACAAGCGAGACAAGGCUCUCCAGCUGAAACGGGAAUACUUCAGCGCCGUCUCGGAGAUUCUAGAAGAGGCGCUCCGAAAGCAAGUCGAACGUGCCAACCUUGCCCAAGAGGAAGAAGAAGACCUUGAUGCAGAGAUCAACACAGUUACCCGAGGAAUUGAGAAAUUGCACUUGAAUCCUGAGAUCAAAGAGCUCAAGGAGGCCCGCUCUAGUGAUGCACCAAAGCCGCCCCGACGGGCCCAACCUGAGAAAGAGGCAAAGGGGAAGCCUUCAAGCCUCCGAGAGCAGAAUGAACAGAUCCCUCGAGACGCCUGCUUAUACGCUCACUUGCACAUGCGGCUUACCCAAGCCGUUCAAGCCUUGCCUGACAGUGACGACGAGACGUCCCUUCAUGGGCCUGUGGAGCUGGAUGGGAGGGAGAUAAAUGACUGGGUCGAAAUAGAAGCUGACGCAGAUUUGGAUUCUGGUUGGGUUAAUGUAGAGGUUAGCUCUGGCAGCUACUACUAG